AGGUGGCAGGUGUAAAGAUAUACGCGUUAUAUAGCCCGUGUGCACGACGGUUUGUGAUAUCACGCGCUUUCUCGCGAGAUCAUCUUGAUAAAGUUACGUGAAAUGACGCAAAAUCGCUGAUUGACAGCGUCGUCGAGGCUCGCGGCUUGACGUCGGCGAAUUUCUCCCCAGGUUGGUGUGUGUCGCGCGCGCGCGCGCGCGUUGCCCGUACACAAGCGAGCGUACUUUUCUACCGAAUAUAUACCGCGCGUGCUACUUGGCGCGCGUCUCGUUCGCCGUGUGUCGUUUGUAUCUUGUUCCACGAUCGGAUUUCGUUCGUCUGUACUGAUCGAGCUCCUCGCGGCAGGGAAGUCGUCGCGCGUGAAAGAAAAUCUUCGCGAUGCCGCUGUUACGCAAACAGCCGUUCCAACGGCUCUACGUCUCCUCUGAUUUCAGGGAUGACGAUGAGGUUUACCAUUGCGAGGUUACGAAUGAAAUAUUCAAGAACUACAAUGAAUUUUGUGAGCGAAUUAUCUUGUGUAAUUCGCUUAUAUGGUCAUGCAGUAUCACAGGUAGAACUAACAUGACAUUUGAAGAAGCUUUACAAUGUGAAGAAAAUGCAAAGAAGAGUUUGAAAGAGUUUCCAAUGGAGUUACGAAUCCCUAUACUAUACCUUGCUAGUAAAACAAAUAGAUCUUCUUUUAAUGAGAUGAUUGAAGAUGUUUUCCAAUUUGCAAGAGAUCGCUAUUUUGUGGGAGAAAUGGUAGAGGCUAGUUUUACUGAGGAAUCUUGGUGUGAUUGUCAUGUUCUUCAAGUCAUUGUACCUACAGAACAGCAAAUUAAGGCAUACAUAAAUGAAAACGGCAGGAAUCUACAAGAACAAUAUUAUCACCCACCAGCAAAAUUAUUUCGUUAUGAGGUAGAACAAUUAGAUUCUGGAGACUCUGAUGUCAGUCAACUCAUGAUAGUAGAAGCAUCUCAAGUCAGAAGACAAAAACAACAUUAUAGCAGAGAGCGUAACAAGAUAUUUCUUCGGCAACUCUGUGAACAAAAUGAGAGUGGUAUAUGGGUUGUUAAGGAAAGUGUUUUGGAAAAAUAUGGAAUUAACAAAGUACGUUUUGAUACUAUUUUUGCUGGCACACUUCCAGAUUUUACAGUGCGUGUGAAAAAAUCUGUCAAACAGAAACAAGAAUCCAUAGAUAAAUUUCUCACCUCAGAUGUAUCGAAACAAAAAACAUUUGAAAAAGCAGAUCCACUGAAAAAAGUUAGCGAUAGUAAAAAACCAAAUGACACUGGUGCAGUAAAGAAAUUUCGAAAACCAAGAAUGAAUGGCAAAUUUAAAGAAGAACUUAAAGCGAAAGCUUUGGAGGAGAAAGCAAAACGUAAAGAAGAAAGAGCGCUGAAAAGCGAGCAUAAGAAGGAGAAAAAACAAAAGUUAGCAGCUUUGGCUGCAUAUAUGAAGCAGUGGAAUAAACCAAGAGAAGAUCUCGAAUGCGAAGAUCUCUGUCCUCUUCCAGAACCUACUGCUAUUAAAUGCAACAUACCAAACGAAAAAUUUGGAGACUUUGUUAUGAUAUCGGAAUUUCUUGAAUUUUUCAAUGAAGAAUUAGAGGUGUCAGUGUAUUUUCCGGGAGGCUUUAAUUUCGAAUUGUUGGAAAAGACAUUAUUGACCAAAGAAGCAUCUGGUCCUUGGAGUGAUCUAUUACAACUAUUAUUAUCCAAUAUAUUUAAAUAUCAAGCGGGAGAAGAUAAUGAAAUUGAUGCUCAAGCAUCUACUUUGCUGGAUGAUAUUAGUCCUUAUGAAGGUGCAUCAUCGAUGGCAAAGGCUGUAAAACUUGCUACAAUGGCUUCUAGAUGGUGUCCAACUUAUCAGGGAUGCAAACUAUCAGAACUUACAUUAGACCAUGUGUCUUUAAGCGAAAUUUUGAGACAACAUCUAUUAAGUUCUGGAGGACGUAUAAGCGAAGCAGCUUCUAAAUGGCGAUAUUCUCAAAAGGGUGGCUAUACAAAUUUUGACGAACCAGCACUUCUUUUGAGGAUAAAUGACGGUUAUAUUUUGCGAUUAUUAGGUCACCGAAAUGUUUGCGAAUUUGAUUUAGAUGACAAAAUAAAGGUUGUCACAUGUCUGAUCAAUCAGUUGCUUACUUUCGCAUCAAUACGUGACGCAAUCGAAGAACGAUAUGAUAAAUUACAUCAAGCAAAGAGAGAAUUGAAAUUGUUUUUGCUUGCUGAACAAAAGAAAGAGAAAGAAGAAAAAGAAAAGAUGCGAGAACGUGAGAAAGAAGGAAAACUCGAGGAAGAAGAACCAAAGCUGAAAAAGAUUACACGUGGCAAUUAUGAGGAAGAAAAGAAAAGAGAAGAAUAUGAAAAUAAACUGAAAGAAUUGCAGCAAGCUUCAAGGGAUGACAAGAUGAUGCUUUAUCUGGGCUCAGAUAGAGCUCAUCGAAGAUAUUGGAGAUUUAUAUCUGUACCAGGAUUAUUUGUAGAAAACGAUGAACGCUGGCCUGGCAGCUGUCUUCCAGAGGGUACUCCACAUCAACCAGAAUUGCAAGAUAAGGAGGCAACGUAUGCAUAUCUAAAAAAUAAAUUUGAGGAUGAAUUUAGUGACAAAGAGAACAGUUUCAAAAAAUCAAAAAAAUCACCUAAGAAACUACUAUCCUCAGAUAAAAAUGGGGUUAAAUCGCCACGCAAAGAAACAAAUUCUCGAAAGGAAUUUAAGCAAGAUCUCACUAACAUUAAAAAGAGUUUGAUGUUGUGUACAGGAGAUAAAGACUGUCCUGUGCAUUGCAAGAGAUCGCAGGUUACCUGGAGUUUUUAUGGGAAUCAAGAAGACAUACAAGUGCUAAUAGAUAAUUUGAGCACAAGGGGUAUCAGGGAAAGCGAACUUAGAAAUAAUCUUUUGCAAGAAAUGGACAAUUUGCUUCUUGUUAUCAAUGAUUGUCCUAAAUCCAGAUUAAAUCCUGAAAUUUUUACAGAUUCUAAUAAAGGGCAAAUCAAUAAGACAUCUAAAAAGAAUAAAUACGAGAACGCGAAUUUGAAUUUUCCUCCCGACGUGGCGGUCGAGGAAGUAAUGGAAAUGACAUUGAGAGAUCAUAUUUUGGACUUUGAAGACAAAAUCAAUGCAGGUUGUUUGGGAUCUCUUAAGAUUAUUGAUCGAGCGGUCUGGAGAAACGCAAUCAAUCAAAGAAGUUAUGACAAACAAUGUGAUAAACUGAUGUGUGCCGGUAGUGAGAUAGAUAUAGAUAUACUACCCUCUAAUACAUUGAUAGACAAGAUAAAGAACGAGUCUAAACACAGUAGACCUGGUACCCCCGAUUCUGAGGUCGGAAGUAUUAGCAUAAAGACUUACAGAGAUCCAGGAAUGUACUUAGGUUUACCCAGCGAAGAUGAAAUGGCGAUCGAUCAAAGGCAACAGGCGGCUAUCAAACAGAUGGCUUGUGCUAUUCUACAAUUAUCUCACGCUAUAGAACAGAGGUAUUUGCAGAGACCACUCGGGCCUGAUCAAAAGGACAAAAAAUGGUCGGGGGAAGAGGCUCGGGAAAGAUGGGAACAAUCAUUGAUAGCGUCAACCAAUUGGUCUCAGCUGUUCGUUCACUUGAGUACUUUGCACAAUAGUGUCGCGUGGGAUAGAAGCGCGUUGAACGCUCAAUGUCGCAUAUGUAGAAGGCGUAGAGACGCGGAGAACAUGUUGCUUUGUGACGGAUGCAACAGAGGACACCAUCUUUAUUGUCUAAAACCAAAACUUAAUGCUGUACCGGCAGGAGAUUGGUUUUGUACAGCGUGCAAGCCACCGGAGAUAAAACCCAAGGAAAAAACUCAAAAACGAAAAAGAUUUGAGGAUGAAAUUGAGGACGAGGUAAUACUAACCAAAGAGACGCGACACAAUCGUGCGAAGCGCAUAUCUCACAGCGAUGAUGAGAAUGAUGAAGAAGACGAUCAAGAUGACGAAGACAGUGAGGAAGAUAUAAAUGUACGACUAGAAAAUUUAUGCGCAUCAUGUAAAAGUGGUGGAAAAUUGAUCUCCUGUGAUACAUGUCCAAAUCAUUAUCACUUAGAAUGCGUAGAACCGCCAUUAUCGAGAGCUCCUAGAGGAAGAUGGUCUUGUUCGAAAUGUAAGGCUAAAAGAAGAAAUACAACAAAAGUGAGGGGGCGCGAAAGGGAAAGAGACAAGGAGAGGCUGUGCGCAGCAGCAGCACGCUCUCGCAUCCAUGGCUUUGCCAAGAGCCUCCUCACUACAGAAUCUACAGACUGGGAUGAUAGCAGUGCAUCGGAUGAUACCGAACCGAGACAAACGCGACGUGCGACGAAGAGGGCCGCCGAAAUUGAACACGAGGAAGACAAAAAUUCAAUUAAGGGAUGUAUGGCUAAAUUGCAAGAAUUAUUGACCGAUAUUAGGCAUCAUAGAGAUUCGUGGCCAUUUUUGUCGCCUGUCACAAAAGAUGAGGUCCCAGAUUAUCACGAUAUCAUUUCUAAUCCGAUGGACUUUGGGACGAUCAAAUAUAAACUCGGUAACGGCGAUUAUGAAACGCUAGAUAAAUUCUUUAGCGAUUGCCAGCUGAUUUUUGAAAACUGCAGAUUGUACAACAAGGAACAUAGUUCUGUCUACAAUUAUGUAUACAGUGCAGGUACGCGAUUACACAAGUACUUUGAGAAACGCUGCAAAGAAUUAGGUUUGAAUUUCGACGAAUCUUUCCAAGAACCUAAAGUUAAGAGAGCAAGAUUUGACAACGAUAAUGUCGAAGAAAAUUGCAGGUCGGAUAGUGAGGAUGAUGAAACACAGAAGAGAAGAUAGAAUAAAAAAAAAUAUAUACAUAUAUAUAUACUUUAGCAUAGAGAGUGCAUACUCGUGAGAUUUAAAAAUCUGAUGCCACUCAAGAAGUUUAUAUAUUUUGAAUUUAACAUAUGGACUUCUUAUGUACCGAUAAUCGAUCACGAGUGGUAUACAGAUUCAGUAUGUAGCUCAAGAUAUUUUAUAAAUUAUAUAAACACUUUUUUCCACAGUAAGUAAUGAGAACUUACAUUGAUAACUCGAUGGAAUAGUACAACUGAAUGAAAAUUACUUUGCAAAAUCAACAGCGCAUAUAUAUAUAUAUAUAUAUAUAUAUAUAUAUAUAUAUAUAUAUAUAUACAUAUGUAAAAGAUUUGUUUUCCUCUCUAAAGUCGGUUUCUUCGAGGCUUGUUAUAAUAAAGAUAUAUACAGUAUUAUUUGCAAAAGUGCAUAGUUGCACUACAUAUAAUUUUAGAUGUAUUGCACAUUGCAAUUUUACAGCAAACAUAUACAGCUGAUUAAUCCCAUUGACUCUAUUCAAUUUUUGUUUUUAUUUUUUUUUAGAUAUAGAAACAAGAAAAAAUUCUCAAUAUGUUCUCACAUUGACAAUUAUUUAUUAUUUUAGUGUUAUUCACACAUACACAUUCGCACACAUACAUACACAUUCGCGCACACACAUCAACACAUUUUUCACAGUAAUUAUAUUAAGGAUUGUUAACUGUAUAUGAAUGAAAAUUAUGUUGUGAAUUAAGCUCUACCAAUUUCUUUUCUCGAAACCGUUUAUACAAAAGAUUUAAUAGAAUAUACAGUUUUCAAGAAAAUGCAUAAAACAAGCGCAUUAAUAAAUUUAUGUUUGUAGAUUCAGACAAUAAAAUUGGAUACUUUUGUACUGCGUGUUCUAUAUAACUAUUGUCAAACUAAAGUUGCGUUUUAUCAAUAUUACCCAUAUUUUAUGAAAAUU